AGCGAGAGAAACGUCAGCCUAGCGAUCCCGCAUAAACACAUGAAAUUCUUCUACUUGUACUCGUACAGCUGUAUAAAAAUCGAAGUUUUUAUCGGAUUUAUGGAUUCCGUCGUCGUCGUUGUAGUGAAUAAUCGGUCGUCCGGAUAGCGCCACACUAGAGUGUAUUACGAGGCAGUGUUUCUCUCGCAUUCGGUUCAAUCUGGUUGCUUUUGUAGAGGUAUUUAUGAAAAUUCAUUCAAGACCACUGUGCACGGCGCGGGCUUAUUUCGAUGUGUCGGGUCGCGGACAUCGCCGCGAGAGGCCAGCCGCACCAACAUACGCAUGUAUUUUAUUCGUCGUUUCGAUCUUGCCAUCAGCGGAGGUAGACCUAGCAGAGCAGUUCAGCAACCAACCAACCAAAUCAUCAACAGCAAGAAGUGAGUGAGUGCAAAAAUCUCGUAGUUUCUUCGAGGUUUGGAUUUGCCAUCCUUACAGGCAGCGAUAGAUAGACGACUAGCAGGAUCUUGUUGGUCAAUCCGAACAUUGUUGGUAUAGACAAAGUUUCGUGCGGUGAAACUUGGUGACCGCGAGUCGGGUCAGCUUUUGCAUAAUAUUUUUGCGAACCACUGGGACAAGAAGGGGUGAAAGGAAACACUUUCAGUUCGGUGCUCUCGCGGAUAGGUGAUAGUGAAGAUAGACGAUAGGUAUCUGUGCGGUGUGACACAAACGACUAAGUCCAAAGAAGUGCCAAGCAUAGUUUCGGUUGAAGCGUAAGGAAGUCUCAGAUCCAGAAAACAUCCCACACGUCGUCAACCAACGACGUUUGGAUUGGUCCGAGUUCUGAGGGUAUUCCAGAUGGAGUGAAAGAGACAACAGACGCAGGAGAUUUUUGCCUUUAGUUGGGUCCAGGUCGGUUGGCAGGAGGUCGUCGUCGUCGGUACAAGAUACCGCUUAUACGCGUCAAUCAGCGACGACAACAACAAGCCAGCCAGCCAGGCGAAAGGGACCUCCACAGGGGCCUAGAAGAGUGAGUGUGGAAUUGACAGCAUAGCAGUGCAGUGGAUUUUUUUUUAUUCACGGUCCCACCACACUAGGAAGCCCAACAAGAUUGCUGUAUCGAUUGGGUGCAGAAAAGUUGAAGGAAGAAAAAAAAUACGCAGGCAAAAAUUGAUAGCGCAGUGAUAAUGGAAGAAAAACAGUGACACCCAGAGACCAAGGCAGUGCAAGAAACCCAAGCAAAGCGGAGAGCGAAAACAGCGACAACAAGGAAAACGACACCACCAGAAAAGAACAGAGCAAGCAGGCAAGAAUAUGAUAAUGUGAUGAUAUAAGACAAGAAGUUCCAGUUUCGUUUUGGCAAAAUCGUUCGUUCUGCUUCUUCUGCGGUGCUCUGUGUGUGCGAGCGCGUCUAUUGGAUUGUGGCUGAUAAGAGAGAUGGACGAUUACAACAAUAUUGCUUCAACAAAAUAAGAUCGUGGUGGGCUGGAUUGCAGGAUCUGGCGGAACAACCUACGCGACCGAAAGCAAGAAGUCGUCGUCGUCCGUUUGUCGUUUCGGUAUAUUUCCAGCAAACCGGAAAAAGCAGCUGUGUUAUGAAACUUGUGCUUAAGGUGGAAACACUUCCUGCCGCCGGAGUUUAGAAGAAGGCAAAGGAGAAGAGGAAGCCGGGAAGAAGACUGUGCUGCGCGCGUGAGAAGCAUCCAAGAAGCAAGGAAGCAAGAAAUCACGUCCCAAAGAGUGCCCCGACCCCAAUUUUCCGCGGAAGGGGGUGUCAUAGUGUGAGUGCUUCGGUGUGUGUGUGUUUGUGCGGGGGAAAAGCUAAACAAGUGAUAUUUCCACCGGCUAGCAGUGCGACAUAUUUCUGUUACGAUUCCGGUAUUGUGUUGUUGAUUUUUUUCUGACGGUUCCUUGAAUGCAAGCGUUGGCGGUUACGUGUUUUUGUCCAGAGAGGGUUUUUUUUUUUGAUCUUGUGAGUUAUAAUACCGCUGCCAUCACAACCGGUACCACGGCGUUGGGCAAUCAAUUCUCGGAGUAAAGCUGGAGGACGUAAAUUAGGAAAUUGUUUCUACGGCUGACGGAGGAGCAGUUCAGCAGAGAGAGGGAAAGAGUAACAGUGUGCAGCACGGGGCAGGAUGGGGCGGAAAAAGAUACAGAUCUCACGGAUAACGGACGAGCGGAACCGACAGGUGACGUUCAACAAGCGCAAAUUCGGCGUCAUGAAGAAGGCGUACGAACUGUCGGUGCUGUGCGAUUGCGAGAUUGCCUUAAUCAUCUUCAGCAGCACCAACAAGUUGUACCAGUACGCUAGCACCGACAUGGACAAGGUCCUGCUGAAGUACACCGAGUAUAACGAGCCGCACGAAUCGCUGACGAACAAGAACAUUAUCGAGUUGCAGGUAAACGCACAGAAGGAGAACAAAAAUGGCACCAUGUCGCCCGAUUCGCCGGAACCGGAAGACAGCUAUACGCUCACGCCGCGCACCGAAGCCAAGUACAACAAGAUCGACGAAGACUUUCAGAUCAUGAUGCAACGGAACCAGCAGCUGUCGGCCAGCGGGCGGGUGAAUAUGGCCGGAAACAGUUACUCCCUGCCGGUUUCGGUGCCGGUCAUCGGGACCUACAACGAUUCCAGCAUGAUGCAGAGCAGCCCCCAGAUGGCACACAAUAGUAUUAGUCCGCGGCCUUCCAGCUCAGAAACCGACUCAGUGUAUCCCUCCGGCGGAAUCCUGGAGAUGUCCAACGGAUACCCGCACUCGGCGUCACCCCUCGGUGGAUCUCCCAGUCCCGGACCGAGUCCAGGUAUUGGCACGCACCAGCAUAACCACAAUAACAAUAACCAUAACAAAAUGCAACAUCAAACGAUCAAGCAAGGUUCCCCGGGGAGUUCGAAUGGGCGGUCAUCCAACCUUCGGGUAGUGAUACCAACGCCCAUGAACCCCACCAUCAACACCGACGAUCUUUCUUACGUGGAGCAGCACUCGCGGCAACAAUCGUCCAAUUUGAACACUCCGGUAGUGGCACUGCAAACGCCCAUCCCGGGCCUGUCGAACUACACCACCACGCUCGGUUCGUUCGGCGCGCAGGACUUCUCGAUCAAUUCCGACCUGAGCAUGAUUGCCUCGUGGGGUGCGGCAGCCAGCAAUGCCCACGCGCAAAAUGCCAUGAACUCCCUCGGACAGCACUCGAGAAUCUUUUUCAGCAGCGGCCUGCCGCAUCUGGCCGUACCGAAUAGUACACCUCCGCCGUCGACUUCGCCCCUGACGGUGAAGAUUAAGGCCGAACCGAUUUCGCCCCCACGGGAACACCAGUCCUCCUCGCAUCACCACCACCAUCACAGUAAUCUGAGUGGUUCCGGUGGAGGUGGAGGCGGCGGCGGUGGCCCUGGUGGAAGUGGUGGGGCAAACGGCCAACAGAACAACAAUCAGCUCACGGUGACGUCGAUGGCCCAGGUGGGAGGUCACAGUAAUUCCCAAUCGGUGGCGCUCGGUAGCAGUUUGAACCAUUCGCAUCUGAUACAUUCGAGGCCCUCGUCGACGGGGCACCUGACGCCGACGCCAGGUUCCCCUCUGUUCGCAGGCUCGGUUACACCCACCAACGCGCCCUCGCCGGUCGACAUCAGACACCUCGGCGGCGGUGGCCACCUGCCCGACUACGACUCCCCGGUCGGUGCCAGCAAUGCUCAUAAAAGACCCAGAAUAUCCGAAGGAUGGGCCACAUAGCCCUCGAAGGGCGGAGGCAGCGGCGGCGGUUCAUUAAUGUCCAACGGUAGUCAUCAUCAUCACCAUCAACAGCAACAACAGCAACAGCAGCAGUGUUCCUAUCUGGACGAUAACUCGAACCAGAUUCAGAUGAGUGGCAACGGAAGUGAGAAUGACUACAGUAGGAAGCUGCAGCAGCAACAACAGCAACAACAGCAACGAGUAUCCUCGUCGCAGCAUCUCCAUCCGUUCUACCACAGCGCGAGUGUCAAUAAUAAUAGCAACAGUAAUCAUAGCAGUGUCGGAGGUUAUCCGAGCCAAUCCACCUCGCCGUACAACAACAAUAAUAGCAACCACAGUAACAACAGCGGCGGACAUCACCAUUCGCCUUCGCCAGUCGGAGCAAUGGGCCAUAUGCAACAGCAACAGCAGCAGCAACAUUACUGAAGGACCUUUUCCAACCAUUGAGGAUUGUGAUUCUCGGUUACUGACCCCGAAGACUCACCACAAAGAGCAUAAGAUUCAUAUUCAGAAGAGAUUUCUUUUCGACAUUUUUUUUUGGUUUAGGCGGGAGUGUGUAGUUGUAAGUAUGCGCGUUUGUUUGUAUAUUGAAUGUACUGUUUGCGUAUGGCAUAGAAUGUAAGAGAAAGUGCUGCACCAGCCACAUCUUAACUUAUUGCAUAAAACGAGUUUCUUUUGGGUUAAGCACGUUUUGGGGGGUGGCUUUGUUUUCAAAUACUGUUAAAUAUUUUUGAAAAUUAAUUUCAGUUCCUGUUUCAGUGCUCUACUGAAGACACGAAAGGGUUAAAGUCUAAUUACCAUACUGCCCACACUCGUAUAACAGUCCCAUACGUAUAGCAAAUCCCAUAGAAUAUGAGAUUGUUAUAUAAAUGUGGGCAGCAUACAAAAUAAUUUGUUGUUUUUUUCAGAUUCAGUUAUGAAAUCCCAAACAAAUUUACCAAAAACUUUAAAUUGAAUUUGGUUAAGGUCUUAUCAGAAAACAAGUCUAACUCCAAUUCACUUAUCUUACAAUUGUACAUAGAGAGAGUCUCCCAAUCGGGAAGACAUGUUUUUUUUUCUUUUCAAAGUUAGUUUCUAGCAUAAUUGUGUAUCGUUUUAGAUUUCAUUUUUCAUUUGGAUAAGUGCAAUACUAUUGUUUUAAAGUUCACAGGACAGGAACUACUCAACCGAAAAGAACCAGCUUUCCCGUUGGUGAAACAAAAAGAUCAGUCAAUUUGUCGAUGUAGAACAGAAGUACUAGAUUGGCGACGAUGAGCGUACCAGAAUUACUACGCUAAAAUCUGAUAUAAAUAUAGCAUAAUUUGUAUUGAAUGGAAGAGUAAAAGCUAGAGGAAGUACUGAGGAAAGCUAGGGAAACCGCGAUUUCCCCUAAUGGAUGUGGUGUUUCACAACAGUAAGUGUUGCUGUGUUCUUUUUAGGUUAAAGAAAAACUCAGAAAAAUCCAAAACGGUAGUGUGCAAACUAGUGUCAUUCAAGGAUUACAUUUGUCUAUUACUUAUCUGUUUACAUGUGAGAUAUGUUUGAUGUACCAGAAUGUAAACCAAUACAAUUAAUACUAGGAAACACGUGCGUGUAUGAGUGUCGUAAGGAACAUUUGUGUGCGAGGAAAUCCUGCAGCAGACUCGAAAGCAGUUGAAGGUUCAAAACCUGUCCCGGAGCAAAAAUCUUGCACGUGUUAAUCGUUCAAACCUGUCACAAUAAUAUUACCGAUUCUAGUACGUCACUCGCGACCGUUGGGUGCCAAGAGAUAGUCAUUAUUUACAGUUACACAAUUCAGAGGAAAGAAUAAGAAGAGUCUCGCACUCGCCCUACCUAACCUGACUCUACUCUAGUGCAAAGAAGCCUUUCAAAGUGCGUCACAAUCAUUUCCCACUGGGAUAAAAACAUUAACAUGAGAAGAAAAACGGAUUUCACAAGAAUGAAGAUGAUACGUUGAGGUGUGUGACGUAAUAGAUUGCCAUCUAGCACGCUCGCCAAUCGUGUCAGCUAGAAAAAAAAAACAAGAAUCAAGAUGAUACUCAUAAGCUUAGAAGAAGAGAAAUAGUAUCUGGAUCGGAUCUGCGGCGCGUGGCAACGCGUUAUUUGAACAAAUCCACAUAUCAUUCGGAAAGAAGAGAUUUCCGUGUCCGGUGCGUUGCUACCUAUGUGUCGAAUAACGCAAAUCCGAUUGAACGUGUAGUUGUUUGCGAGAAUAAGCGCGAAAGAAUGAGAGAAUAGAGAGGAUCUGCGCGACUUUUAUUCGUUAGGUAAGAGGUUCAAAUUGAGCAGUGCAACAGCCCCAGAAUGGAAUCAACUCUCAACUAUAACAAACAAUUAAGAGAAACCUGAGAAAAAACUAGGUAAAACAUAGUUUGUGUGCCAUUAAUAGGAUUACGUACCAGAGAAAUAAAUCAUGUAUAUUUUUAAACACAGAAAGAGUCCAGUAACGGCAAAGUAUGGAAGCAUUAAUUUUAGACAAGAGUUUUCUUCCGUUUUCACCUACACGCCUCUUACAUGAUCUAGUACUGCAAUGCAAACUGCUGACGUCAAGUUAAUUUACAGUAGCAUCCAAGCUCGAGUACUUUGGAGAUAGAUUAUUAGAAUGCCUUCCGUUCAUUUAUUUUCUAGUGUUGUCACAUGAUUCGAUUCAAAUUCUAGUACUGCGUAGCAAGACCAAACCCACAGGAAGGAAACAACGUAAUAGAGCGUAGCGGAACUGAAAAAUCUAUUUAUUUCAGCCUACAAUUUUGAGUUUGUUACAGAUUUUGAAUACUUUUCCGGUUAAAAGUGGUUUGCUGAAAUUAGAUGAAGAAAAAGCGUAAUAUAUUUGAAGGAAAUAUUCCUACACAAUAUACUGUAUAAAUUAUAGAAACAAGCGAGAGUGAAACUGCAAGCGUGUUCUGGAUCACAGAGCAGAAACCCAGAACCACACAGGCCAAAUAUUAGCGAGCGUUUGAAUGAAUAUAUGAAGAAAAUAUGUAAUUCUGUGAGCGAAAUCAUCAGCAGUGCUGCAGCAACAGAAAAGAGACGGCAGAUCACAUACAAUACGUAGAUGGUAUCGGUUUUUGCUCUUUCUGUUUUAUUCUAGCAGAUUAGUUGACUUCUAGUUUAAAUUUCCUUUUUUUCCAGUCAUAGGUUUAUAAAGUCUUAAUUUGAAAUAAAAGAAAAUGACUUUUACAUUGA